ACCUGAGCACCGCCUGUCAAUUUCGCCGCCAUUGCAUGUUGUCAUUAAUUUCGCUCAUUACAGGUGUAAACUACAAUGUGUGUCUCUGAGUAGGAUUCAUUGGAGCUGUUCAAUUUCUUUCAUCAUGGAUUCUGGGAGUGUUUCCUCCACCUCAAGUGCACGAAGUACGCCAGUACCCACCUACAAGCCCAUCACUCCCAGCUCGUCUCUCUUAGCUCUUUCUAAAACCCCGGACGAGGAUUUUCGAAGAAAGAGCAAUGACGAAUUAUUGCAGAUAAUAAGGCGACUUGAGGCAGAAAAUCGAAACGUCGUUGCAGAGCACUCCUCAAUUUUAAAGGAUGUUAAUAAAAGAAUGCAGAUAUUGUUACUUGAAUUGCGUGGUCUGAAAGACAUUAAUCAGAGCCUUCAAGACGAUAACCAAGAGCUCAGAGACCUGUGCUGUUUUCUUGAUGAUGACCGACAGCGAGGCAGGAAACUGGCAAAAGAAUGGCAGAGGUUUGGUCGCUACACUGCCAGUGUCAUGAGAAGUGAGGUGUCUGCAUACCAAGAGAAACUGAAGGAGCUUGAGGUGAAGCAACAGGAGCUGAUAACGGACAACCUGGACUUGAAGGAGUUGUGUUUGUACCUUGACCAGGAGAGGUUGCGGGCUAGUCAGCCACGAGAUGAAGGGGACGGCAGCAGUAGCAGCACUGUGGCUGGCAAUGAAGACCAGCAGCCUGAUAUUGAACUCGUCCCAAUGAGCGAACUGCAGGACAACGCUGAUAAAACAGCUGACAGUGACUAUGUUCGUAAGAUUGACAACAGGCUGAAGAACAUUGAAAAAGAAAAACAAAGCAAAGAAGAGUCUGGCUGGAAUAUAAAGCAACCAAGUCAAAGUAAAGUUACACCUUUGGUGCAGGUGGCUGGUACCCAACGAUUGGGCCCAGAUGGAACAAGAGACAACAGCAAUAGGGGAACCAGUCCUCAUAAACCAGAGGCCGUGGUCCAUGCCAUGAAGGUGCUGGAGGUACAUGAGAACCUUGAGAGGCCUCUGACAGCUGUUGGAGAGGACAGUGCUCUAGAUGAUAAGGAGAAGGCUAUCGUCAGGGAAAUGUGCAAUGUGGUGUGGAGAAAACUGGGCAAUGUUCAGGCAGAGAAGCAGCAGUCACAAACAGAGGGGCUGUCAGAGCCCAGCACGGGACCCCCAGUCUACGAGAACAUUGGUUCCUCCCACAGCAAGCUGCCAGAGGGAGCAGGGAACCAGUCUGUUAGCAGUGUGGCAUCAGAGGACAAUGUAUACCCUCCAGGGUACCAGCAGGUGCAAGGAAGACCAGACCUUAUAUAUGCACCAAGGCCUGAUGAGAAAGGAUCUGGGUAUUUGGUCAAUCCACAGUACAAUGACCCUGUGUCUAAUAAUGACCUUGACUUUCAAGGACAAUAUCAGAAAACACUACAUCAGGCUCCCAUUCAAAGACCGCUAACCUCAAGUUCUUCGUAUUCGCAGUCCUUUGAUUACGCCCCUCCGCAGCCACAUAAUUAUGGUAAUCAGCCCAAGUAUGGUUACAUUCAUACCUCCAGGUCGACGCCUGUCACUCCAACCCCGCUAGUUCAGGGACCCACAGGGCCUCCCAUGCAGAGAAUGGAGCCCAGAAGUCACUCUCCAGGUCCAGUCCGAAGGUCCAUGACCCCUAAAGGGACGGAGUAUUACAGUCAGUCCCCUGGCCCUCCUAGCAGGCUAAUGGGUUCUCAGUUGGAUGCCCCUAUGUCUGAGGGCCACAGUCCUGUCUAUCAGAACCAGCUCCAGUCUAUGCCACGGAAUGAUCGAUCGUAUGAGAAUGUUACUUCUGCAUAUUACGCAUCCCCACCUUCUCAAAACUACGGUCAUGCUAAACCGCACGAUUCUUCUAAUUAUGACUAUCCUCCACCACAACCAAACUUCACCGAUAAUUAUUACCAAGGCAGCAGGCAAGUAGGCUCUACUCAGUCAGGACCGAACCAGAGAGGACCCGGUCCAAAUCCUGCGCAUCAGAGACCACCAAUGUCACAAGAUCAGAGACCACAAAUGUUGCAAGGUCAAAACAGUUCCUAUUACCAAAACAUGGCACCUGGAACAAGAAGUCAGACCCCUUCAAAAUCUAACGUACGUGACCCCUCCCCUCAAGGAAUGAGGCCUACUCAGCAGCACCCGGCAGCGUUACCUCAGUUUUCAAUCCAUAGGGCCACACCUACCCACCCAAAUGUAAAUAAUCUUCAGCAGCCGCCUCAGGGAGUGCCAUCCAUGCAACACGUCCUGCCCCCUAGAUACAAUGCUCCGCCCAGUUACCAGGACAGGCGCAUGCAGGGAUAUAGUGAGACCAGGGACCCACAACAGCAGCAGUAUGAAAGGGGCAGAAGAGAAACCAGAGAUGGCUACUACAAGGAUUAGAAGUGCAUAAGCCAGGUGUUACUUAGAAGUGCAUAAGCCAGGUUUAUAUUAAAGUGCAUAGGCCAGGUUUUACAUUAAAGUGCAUAAACCAGGCAUUUCUUAAAGUGCAUAAGCCAAGUGUGGGUUAGAAAUGCAUAUGCCAGGUUUUACAUUAAAGUGCAUAAAUUAGGCAUUUCUCAAAGUGCAUAAGCCAGGCAUUACUUUCAAGCACAUGCAUUGUUGAGCCAGGUUUUGCUUUAAAGUGCAGAUUUAUAAGCCAGUAGUUACUUUGGAUUGACUUGAAAGUGCAUAAAUCUGGUGAAGAUAGUAUUUACAAUACCGAUACUUAAUUGCAAUUGUUUGCAUAAAUAUUUACUAUAAAUAUUAUAGGGCAUUUACAUUUAGGACAUAAUUGUUUGUGUUCAAAUCAAUAAAUAAGUACAUUUACAUUAGUAAUUCAUCAUAAAAGAUAAUAUUUCUUGUUAUAUUAAACUCUGUAAUUUGUUUGGCAUUUACAAAGAAAUGUUCAUGGUUCUGAAGCUAUUUGUUGUGGUUUGUGCCGAGACAAGUAUUAAUUUGUUUAUUAAAUCGGUUUUAAAAUUUAAAUUUAUACAUCUGUUAUGCAGAGAUAAAACACUAUAAAAUUGAAAUAGUUAAACUUUAAAAGCUUUGGCAGUGCAAUAUAGAACUAUUUAUUUUUGGCGAUGGAACAUAAAAUGAGUUCAAUCUUUCUUACAUAUUUUAAGUUUACUAAUGUUGUACAUAUAUUAUUCCAAACGGAACAUAAAAUCUUGUCUUAAUAUUGUAUCACAGCUUUAGAUACUAAUGGACAGUAUCAUUAUUUCACCUCCACUUGCUGUAAAUAUUGAUUGUAUGUGUUUAAAAACUUGAUCUCUGUUCUCUGAUCUGAAUAAGUGCAGAUAGUAUGAUAUUAUCUACUUGUCAAUUCAAGUAUUUGUUUUUUACUCACAAUUUUUGUAAUCUUUUCAUAUCAAACAUCAGAAUGCAUUUGGUUUGAUUCAUCUUUCUAGCAACUGGCUAUUCCCUGGGGGUCAGACAGCUUCUAUAGACUUACUUUGAAAAAUCAUUAAAAAUCAAUUUAAGUAUCGGGUUA